GUCGAAGGCAAGCUCGAGCUUUUGCGCGAAGGGGAAACGGUCGAAAAUCGCGUGCAGCAGAGUUUGGCUGAGAUAGCGAAAGGGGAAAAGAAGACUGCAGGGGAAAUUGCUAGUGUUGCGAGUAACACGACGUCUAUGAACAAACGUGGUAUGGACAAGACCGUGUCAACCAAGGCUAAGCAUCCGAAAAGCUCGUCCGCUAAAGUCGUUACUGGAGAUGCAACCGCUGCGGACCCAGCAAAUAAGGCACGAGCAGGACGCGAAGAGAACUUAGCUGAGGUUUCGUCUGAUGACUCAGAUCUAGAAGUCGGGAAUGGAGAUCAAAAUGGCGCAAUUUUUUCAACAAAUCUCGCUAGCGACCCAGCUGGAGGAGGUAUCGUAGCUAACACGACCGGCGAUGCCUCGCAUUCGUUGCUCGAUGACGCUGCCGCUGGCAAGGGCGCUCACUUUUUGGAGAAGCCCGACUUACCGUAUUUCAUGCCGGAUAACCGGCUCUUUCCAGGUUUGAGGACGCUGCAGAACUACCAACGCCAGGGAAUCUCGUUUCUCUUUGCGCGUGAAAACCCCACGCUAGGACGCAGAUUAGUGAGUUUAUGCCCCGAACGAUUUCAAACAGAGGUACCACACUCAGCGUCACUCCUGCAGGCAGCGUCAUCUUCGCGUCGUCAGCCUGCUCAGACGUCGGAGAAGCAAUCUGCGAAGAUCGCCGAUCACGUUAGCGAUAAGGCUGUGCCGAACACAAAAAGGAUAGCAGAGGCUAUUGACGACGGCGUCAUUGACCUGCUUUCGGAUUCUGACGGGCCGCCUGCUCAAAACGACGAUGCAAUGCAAAGCACGACGGUGAAAGAAAUGGGAGACAAUAAAAUCAAAAAGGCUGCUAUAGAGAGUUGUGAUGCAGCACUUAAUGCAGUAGAAGAAGAGGAAGAGCAGAUAUUGAAUCCGUUGUGGUCGGAGUAUAGGAUACUCCGCCGCUUUACGAUGUUGUCGUUGCAGCAUCACAAUGUACCACCUUCUGAGCGGCAAGCAUUGAACAGACCCGAUCGAAUAAAGGUGGGAAGAGGUGCUGUGGGUGGUCAAGUAGCUACUAGUGCUAGUGCUGCUCCGCAUGGUGGAGAACAAAAUAACAUCGAGGAUUUGUUGGCACAGGAAGUAACGCGAUUGUACUAUCAACCUGGCACUGGCGAGUUGCGUCUUACGUUUCCAGACGCAGCAGAGAGCUCGUGUAGAGGUGGCAUUCUCGCGGAUGAGAUGGGGCUGGGUAAGACAAUACAGAUUUUAGGUCUUGUCGCCACUGAUUUUGACCCAGUUUUACAAAAGCAUGUCGCGCAUGCGGCUGGGGGUAAUGGUAAUGCAUGCGUGGGCGAAGAUCAUGUUGGCGAAUCUUGUACUGGUGGAGUAGCUGAUGUUGCAGGAGCCACCCUAACAUACCAAGGGGCAGGACCACGAUCGUCACCACCAGAGGUGUCCGAGCAAGAAAUUCAGCAAGAUGCUCCAACGCUGAUUGUGACGCCACUAUCCUUGAUGCCACAAUGGAUAAAAGAGGUUUCGCGGUUUCUGUCCUCAAAAGCACGCCGACCGCUUACGUAUUUCGAGUACUACGGAGGAGACCGUAACCGUAGAAUGUUAGCUAAGUCGUGUGCUGCAUCAACAGAUGCGAAAAAUACCAGUGGUGCCGCGGGAGGAGCAAAAGCGAAAGCCAAAAAAGGCAAAGGCGCGGCGAGAGCAGCCAGCAGUAUGAAGACAUCAUCUUUGUUUGCUGUUGCAGCGCGAGGAGGAGCAAGUGCGAACGCAACACAAACGGGCUCAACCAGCAACGCAGGAGCGCUUUGUGGGAGUAAAAAUGAAACUGCAGCAGCAAAUGCAACGACAACUACACCAGCAACACAAGCUGUAGCUUCUCGACAGCACCCCGCGCACUAUGACUUGGUUUUCACGACGUAUGGGGUGCUCAACGUGGAGGAUUUGCGCUCUUCGCCACUCUUUCAGACGCGGUGGCGACGCAUCAUCCUUGAUGAAGCACAGUGCAUCAAGGGAAAGCAUACGAAACUGAGCAAAAAGUGCGCACAGCUCAAGGGCCAGUUCAAAUGGGCCGUAAGUGGUACGCCCAUGCAGAACUCGGUGGAAGAGCUUUACCCGCUGUUGCGUUUCCUCCAGGUAGAGCCGUAUUGUGUGCAGCAUGUAUGGCGAAAGCUGGUCACGGAUCCCUUAGGAGGGCGCGGUCCUCUAGGAAGUACAAUGUCGUCCGGCAACCUCGCAGCCACCUCAGGGGCAGGUGGUGCGAGCUCGUCUGCUUCAUCUCUCACAGCCGCGAAUUCGCUUAUGCAUAGCGCAGUAGUACAAAAGGUGCUUGACCUGAUCAAGACCAUUUGCAAGCCGCUGGUGUUGCGGAGAACUAAGCUGACGCAGGCAAAAUUCCGUAUUGAAGAUGAAGAUGAGCCCGAUGGUCAUCCUAAAAAUCAGCUGCAACAUCCCGGUAUUGUGUAUCGCAAUCUGAUCACACUGCCACAAAGACACGAACUGGUUUUGCGCGUGGAGUUAGAACCUAAGGAACGCAAAGUCUACGACCGUCUUUUUAAGGCUUCAAAACGUAGAAUGGACGUUCUACUACAGCUUCAAACAGGUGGAACAAGUCAUGGCGGCAUGGGAGGCCAAGUCGUCCCUGCCAUGAAGGGGAGUCAUUUUACAAGUAUCCUGGCCUUGGUGUUAAAAUUGCGCAUGUGUCUAGCCCAUAGCUGUUUGGCGAUGCAACGCUCCGAAUGGGAACCGACACUGAGAGCACGAAAUGCGGAGGAUGUGGAUGCAUCUACUGCAGCCCCCCUCCAGCAGGUUGAACGAACAGGAGUACAACACGGCCUGGUACUAGAGGAUUCAUCGUCUGUUCAGCAGCUAGAGGACAAAGAAAAAGAUGGUGUCGCGAGUCCAGCUAUUGCAGCGUGCUCAUCUUGUCACGAGAUUCCGGAAGGAGAGACAGUGACAGGAGCGCAGUGCGACCACGUUUACUGCCUAGAGUGUUUCCAGUUGAUGGAAGAGGAGGCUAGAGACACCGGAAACGUGUCUCGCUGUGGCGUAUGCAGGCUUCCUCUGUCGAGCGCAGCAAUCAUCGAUGAAGAAAGGAAGAACAAAUCCACUACCGCGGCUGGUGGAAAGCAGGGAGGCGCAGCAAAUGGUACUACGAAACAAGCUAAUGCCACCUUCUCAGCUGUAGCGUUGAUGAAAAAUGUUAGCACUGGUUCAACACAACAUUCGAAUUCUUGUUCAGCACACCAGCAGGGCCAGCACAUGGGACUGGGUGGAGCUACAGCUUCUUCAGGACUGGGUGGAGCUGCAGCAGGGGCUGGCCAGUCAAAGCGUCCUCGAUCAGCAGUUGUGAGUGAACAGCAGGCCGCCACAGCCGAAAGCUACCAGCGGGCAUGCGAGUUUCCUUCGGCUAAAAUGGCAUCCUUAGCUCAACGCAUUUCUGAGGACUUUAGAGAGGGUCGCAAGGUCCUCGUGUUUUCACAGUGGACUUGCUUUUUACAGCUAUUGAAUGUCUAUUUCAAGGCAAAAAUGAAUUGUACGGGUGAUCAAAUUCGUACCCUAGACGGAUCGUUAAGUAUUCAGCAAAGGCAAGCAUGUGUGGAUUGGCUCAAUGCAGAAGAUGAUCAGAACCUUGGUGACGAGUGUGCUCCACGUCCACUCGUAGAACAAAAAGAAGUGAUCAUGCAGAAAAGACAGCGCAAAGAGAAAGACACGACGACUACAGCUACAGGGAACAAGCACAACAUAUUAGAAGGAGCUCCUGGGUCAAAGACGAAGGCAACGGCCACAACAAGAGGAAAGUGCCUGUUAAUAAGCUUAAAAGCUGGCGGAGUGGGUUUGAACUUGGUGGCAGCGACGCGGGCCUACCUAUUGGAUUUGUGGUGGAAUCCGGCGGUAGAGGAACAAGCGUUUCAACGAAUUCAUCGAAUUGGACAAAUCCAUGAGGUUCACUGCAUAAAAUUCGUAGCGCAAGACACAGUCGAUGGCCGCAUUUUGGCGCUGCAAGUUAUGAACUUUUUGUACUGAGAAGAUAAAAGCAUUUAACAUUAAAACUUACAUUGAUCGGAUCGGAUCAGGAUCAUCCUACGUACCACUACGACAACAAGUUUUAGUUCUUGUAAAAAGUAAGAACAUGCGUUAGAACUAAAGUAAAAUUAUUAAGAUCAAGCACAAGCAGGUGGCGGUGGCGUCACCGCUUUUUCCCUAAUGGCGAAAAGAAGAAGGCGUUGAUAGGAGGUGCAUUGGGCGAAGCCGGUGCGGGAAGCGGUGCACUCCGCUUAAGCCUCGAGGAGCUGAAAGAGUUACUGUCAUAGGUCCUCCAUCCACCAGCAAACCGAUUAAGAAUUAAAAACUACGCAUCAAAAACACAUAUACGCACGCAACAUGAUCGCUUCCAUCUUAUGAUGAUUUAUGUAUGAUGUUAAGCUAAGCUGAACAAGUCUGUAGUACUUACUUCCCCCGGCGAGUAGUUUUCUACACAAAGCACUCGUGAAUAUAAAAAUUCUGAUUGACGUCAUCUGUCCUUAAACAAGUUGUAGAGAGCGGAUUCUGUCAACCUGAAUGUCAAGAUGCCUAUGUGGCGAC